AUGGAUUUCUCUAAGUUCUUAGACGAUGACUUUGAUGUGAAGGACUGGGUGAAUGGAGCCUUUAAGGUGGUGCAGAAGGACGCGCCGGGGAAGGCGGAUACACAUGCAGCUACACUUGUGAUGAAGCUCCAGCUGUUCAUCCAGGAGGUCAACAAUGCCAUCGAAGGUGAGUGGAUAAACGCAAAAAAACACCCAUGUGUUAUUCCGAUUUCGGCUGACGAUGUGUCAAUGUCUUUUCGUUUAUGUUUUAAUGACCUAGGCAGCUAGGGCUGGGUGAUAUGGGAAAAAAAGUUUAUCACUAUACAUUCGUUUCAUAUUAAUCGAUACCGAUAUAUAUAAAACGAUGUAAAAAAAAUGAAAUGUAACAGUGCUCAUUGGUAGCAUGUAUUUUGCAAUAUGUUAAGCUACUGCAUCUGUGAGGACUCUGUGAGACUCUGUGUCUCUUUGGUGUUUUGUCGUAAGACGUUGCGUUGAGAAGGUGGACUUGAUGGUCGGCUGUUUCGGUUGCACAGGUGCCAUGGGCUCUUUACUCUGCUCAGGGUUUGUAACCUUUGCGUGUGCUCUGCCGCGUGGCACCGCUUCGGGUGGUGAAAAAGAUUUAGGUGGUCCUUACACGAGUACGAAUUUGUAAGACACCGGUAAAAUAAAUGAUGGAUCUGGUGAUAUUGACACACGGAGACACGUAUUUGUCCAUGACUCCGCAUCUUUUUUGAAUACGGGUCUGCAGGUGGAUAUCUCAGAUAUCCACCUGCAGACCAACAGCAUGAAGACAAAUACCCAGAUUCUGGGUAUUUGUCUUCAUGCUGUAGUUGGUAUAAAUAGAUACGUCUAGAAAAGAUGGUGACCUCAUAGCACCCCUCCUCCUCCUCGCCCCCCAACCCACUUUGUCACACACACAGCAACAACAACAAUGGUGGUAGCUGGGGUGAUUUUGUUCUUGUUCCAGCAACUACAAAUAUGGAUGGACAGGAAGGAAGUCGACCUUGUAUGCGCAUUCGCAUUCUCUGGUUUUGGUGCUUUGUGGCAAUUUCACAGUGUCACCUUUAGGCUGGGCGUAUGUACUACAGGAUUUUGCAUUGUCAUGCUGUGCUGUCAACAAUUUCUUCAUAUGUUGAACCUUCAUCGUUAUUUCCGCUGGGGGUAGCGCUCAUUUUCUUUUUUAUUUCACCAACAGUGCUGUCAGCUUCACGUGUUAAAGUGCUAUGGUUGUGUGUAGCUGCAGCCUGCUACUACGCAGUUGUUUACUUCGUUCUAAUUUAGAACAGCCUUUUCAUUGGCUGUAUAGUCUACCAAAACAUGAUGGAAUGCUGACUAUCGAAAAGGAUAUUGACCAUGUGUUAUAUAUUGAGGGAAAUUAAUUUUCAGUAUAUCGUUAUUGUUUUAUUGCCCAGCCCUACCUCCAACUGAACACACAGUUAACACUACCCUAUUAUUUCAUAAAACCUUUUUAAAGUUUUGUACAAACCACAUUAGGGCUGCACAGUACUGGAAAACCUGGCACUGGGACAACAGACACAAUAUCAUGGACACCUUGAUAUUUUCAUGCAGCCCAAUACAGCAGCUCUACCAUUAAUCACUUAUCAUUAACAUUGGAACUAGAGAAACUACUGAAAGCAGAAUGUAUGGGAGUGCUGUUGUAUUGGGUUGCAUUAGAUUGCUCAAGUGUUGUCUAUGUAUUUUUUUUGCAAUGUUUAUCGUGAUAUGAAAAAAUUUAGAAAAUCAAACUGUUAAAUUGGUGUGCGUUUAUGUAGACAUAUCAAUAAAUUGACAACUGUGUGGCUGAAAGUAGCUGUGAAAUAACAUUAUGAUACCAAUACGAGAUAUUAGCAUGUGUAGUAGAAUGAAUAUAACUCUCAGUUUCUGCCGGAUGCUGUCCUUUUGCAUAUGGCACAUGUCUGCGAAAUAUGCAUAUAAAUUCUAAAAUAAGUUCUGUCAUCUCUUAGUUAUCAGCACUUCUUCCGAGGUUAUUCCACAGCUGGCUAAAGCUUCAUAGAAAUGAAUGAAGAUGCUGUUAAAAAACUGAUUUGAUGUUUGUUGCAUAUGCAAAUCAACACACAGUCAUUGUGCAGCCCUAGCCUUCACUGUACUCCGGCAUUUAAGGUUUUUUGUUUAUAAUAUUGAACCUCCUUGGAAUUGUGCAGCCUCGAGAAAAAGGUUGUAGUUCUGAAGCAAGUGAAACUAUAUCGAGGGGCAUCUGCUUGGCUCAGCUGUGAAAUCCUCAAACACAGAAUCCAUAGAUUCAGCUCCAAGGCCAGACCCUACCUUUCUUCCCCUCUGUUCUUCUGUCUAGUAAAGGUUCCCCUGAUUCUGACGUGUCAAUGACAUGAUUGCAUAAAGAAAUAUGUUAUCAGAAAAAUGGUAAUGCUUAAUAAGGAAGUUCUUCAUGUAAGAUGAAUGUCAUCUUGGAGGUUCUGUGUUACAUAGAAAGGUGUUUCAGAAAGCUACAAUCAUUGAUUUGACUGAGCUACACUAAAAAAUGACUGAGGGGCUAGAAAGUAACAUUAACUCACCAAGGACGAAGUCACACCAGAUGUCUCGUAUAAUUUGCGUCAAAAGCCGUACCAAAUAGAGCUGCAUAUACCGACUGCUGGCAGUUCUUCUCUGGGUGAUACUUACUAGAUUUGAUAUAGUAUUUUAAAACUUCUUUUUUAUGUAUACAGAGACCAGUAACCAGGCACUCCAGAACAUGCCCAGAGUGCUGCGAGAUGUGGAAGCUCUAAAACAGGAGGCGUCUUUCCUCAAGGAGCAAAUGGUUCUGGUCAAAGAGGACAUUAAGAAGUUUGAGCAAGACACUGUGCAGUCUAUGCAGGUGUGUAUUUGCGCAUCAGUACUACAUACAUAGCACUUGCAAACUUCAGUGAUGUUUUAUGGGUAUUUUUGGACUUUUAAAUGGUGCGUCAUUCCUCUAGGUCCUUGUGGAGAUAGAUCAAGUGAAGGGCCGCAUGCAGCUAGCAGCUGAAGCUUUGCAGGAGGCGGACAAAUGGAGCACCCUGAGUGCAGACAUUGAGGAGACCUUCAAAACACAGGUAGUGAGGAAAAGAUGACACGACAGGAAUUCACUCAAGCUUUUACUCACAUUUUCCAGGCAGCUGAUGUGAACUGAUUUGAUUUAAGUGGGUAGUAAAGUAGUAAAAUUAAGAAUUUAUAAUCAGUCACUGUGUCGUAAAUGUUUCUUUUCUUUUUAAUCAUGAAAUCCCUGAUAGAAAUCUGGAUAUGCUCUCUUUUUUUUUCUCAAGGACCUCACUGUCAUAUCCUCCAAGCUGACCAGCAUGCAGAACAGUCUGGCUAUGCUGGUCGACACACCUGACUACUCUGAAAAGUGUGUCCAUCUAGAGGCUCUGAAAAACCGACUGGAGGCUCUGGCCAGCCCGCAAAUAGUGGCAACCUUCAAUUCUAUGUCUCUAGGUAUGAAUUCAAACAAACAUCUUUCAUUUUCUGUGGUUCACUCCCAAAGUACACAUGUUUAUCUCUGAUCACAUGCUUUUCUUUCCUCUGCAGACCAAGCCAAGGUGUUUGUUAAAGUCUUCACAGAGAUAGACAGGAUGCCACAGCUGCUUGCCUACUACUACAAAUGCCAUAAGGUGGGUGCUACAAGCCUUUACCAGACAGUGGUACCUUUUUAGCAGUGAAGCCUUUAAAAAUUUAUAUUUUCGUAUGAUUUCACAUGUGAGAUUUAGGCAUUUCCGCAGGUUAAAUGAAGAUUGCUUUUCUGUUUUGUACAUCUCCAGGGUCAGCUGGUUAGCAUGUGGCAGGAUCUCUCUCAGAGUGAGCUCAGCCUGAACCAGCAGCUGUCUGAAUUCUAUGACACCCUGCUGUCAACGUGGCACGCCCAGCUGCAGUGGAGCAGUCAGGUGACACUAAGUACACAGACAAAUGACAGGCUGCUCUUUAGUGGCAACUUCAAGCUAUGCUAACACUUUGUCUAUGAAACUGUCACCCUAAAAAGUAGUCCCUUAAUAAAAAAACUUCAUGUGCUUUGUUUUGAAAAGGUGUUCAAAAAUCCACACGAGGUUGUGACAGUGUUGCUGAUCCAAACCCUUGGCGCCAUGGUCCCCUCUAUCCCCGUGUGCCUGAGCGCCGCUGUGGAGAGGGCACCCCAGGAGCAGCGUUUAGACACCCUCCUGGAGCUCCAUCACACUGUUUCUACAUUCGGACAUAGCCUAGAAGCUGCCAUGCUGCCACAUCUAGGUCGGUGAAGGAACAAGCUGUGCAGAUGUUUCAGAUGGAGCUAUCCGAGUUGGUCCUUAAGUUUUGUGUUGUUGUUGCUUCCUCUUCAGGCGAGAAUAACCUGCUGAAGGUGAAUGAGCUGGUGUGUGCGCUGAAUGAUCCAUACAAACCUUAUCAGCUCCAGUAUGGAGACCUGGAGGAAGCUCACCUGCUUAUCCAGAUCAGUGCUGUACCCUUGGUUAGCGCCCACAUCCUCUUACACAUACUCAGUAUCUCUCUUUCAACCUUGCCACAGCUGUUGUUUUUGACUUUCUUGUUGAGUUCUUCUCUUUGGGUUUCUGCUCUCUUUAGGAACAUGGGGAGGUCAUUGAUUGUGUAGAAGAGUUGAGUCACUCUGUGGGGAAGUUGUUCGGCUUGGCUGGUGCUGCCGUGGACCGCUGUGUCAAACUGACUGACGGACUAGCUGUGUGUGGUCUCGUCAAAGCCCUCAAAGCCCUCUUCACCAAGUAAAGAUCAUCCAUCAUCAUAAUUUGCUUUAUUUUAGGUCGGUGCAGAUUUUAUCUAAGCUAAUUAACCCUGUGCUCUUUCCAGAUAUGUAUCUGACUUCUCCACAACACUACAGUCCAUCAGAAAAAAGUGUAAACUAGAAGAUACUGCAAGCUCAUCUGUUUUCCAGGAGGACUGGACAGCCUUCCAGAACUGUGUCAGGUUAAAACUCCUCUAUUACACCUCUGGAUACAGGUUAUUUUAAUGUUAAAUCAUAGAUGCCCUCUGAUAGCUAAAGAAACAAAGUGGACUCCUAUGUUAUCAGAUCCAUCCCAGGGCUUGACACUAACUUUUUUCACAAGGUGCACAUAUGCUUCUGAGUUCAAAAAUUAAGUAGCACACAAAGAAAUUUAGGGGCACAAUAAAAAUUGAUCAAAUAAUGUGUGUCUUAUUGGUCGACAUAAGUACUAUUAUUUGAAAUCAAUUUUAGGUCUUUUGGUCACAUGACAUGGAUGCUAUUGAAGAAAAUGUUCAAAAUUUGCCUUUAAAUUAAACACAAAAUUUUUUUAGAGGACAAAUUAGGAAAAUAAAAAGGUGUGUCUUAUUGUACGACCUUAGUACUAUUAUUUGAAAUCAAUGUUAGGUCAAUUGGUCACGUGACAUGGGGGCUAUUGAAGGAAAACAGCCUUUAUUGAGAACAUGAACCAGUAAUUUAUUGAUGGUCCCUUAUUCAACACCCGACAUUGACUGCAAGGGUGCCGAGUAGAUUUAAUGGCGCCCCUCUUGCCAUUCCCGGUUAUAGAGAGUGAGAAGACACUGGUAGAUCCGCAGUGAACGUGCAUCGAAUAUCCAACCUAAAACUAACUUCACUGCAGUAUUUACAUGAAAAAUCAUUUGUUGCCCUGGCGACCUUUUUUUUUAUGCACACAUGUGCCCCUUAAUCCAUUUUACAAUUCACACACAUCUAUUUUUGGUUGCACUGUCGAGCCCUGCAUCCCUAGGGUAGGGGUAUAAUCAAUUCAAAAGCUAUACUAAAAUCAAAAAGUAAUCAAAUCAUUUGUAUUGAUUGCAAAUCCCUUGCAUUUAUUAGUAGAGUUUAUAAAAUGAUGUGUUGCCCUACCUGUACACUUUUAUCCUUCCCUUCUGCUGCUGGAGGUCUUGACACACAUUAAAAAGUAAAACUGUAUAAUUAAAAAGUUCACAAAAACCUCAUAUUUAUCUGGUAUGAAUUCCUGCAUGUUUUAUAUCCCGAUAUGUCCUUAUAUUACAAAAUGUAAAAAUAUUAAAUUUUACUUUUGGUACCUAAGUGUGCAGGUGAACAUUGUUAGAAAUGUUUCCUGCGUUAGCACCACCAGCUUUCAGUCCUGCUUGCAGAUGACUGUCCAGAUGUCUGUGCUGAUUGUAUGACUAUUUGUUCAAUUGUUAGCUGGAAGCCAGUGCAGAGCUAUCAAAACCGGGAUAGUUCACCCCCUGCCACAUUCUUAAUAAGUUACAUUUGUUUGAUGGUCUUUUUAGGAAGAAAACACCACAGGAAUCCACCCUGCUUGAAGUAGUUAAACCCUCCUAUUGAACAGCAGUUAUGACUCAUCUGAAUAUGCUGUGAAACAAGUGGGACCUAAAUGUAACCGUUUUAUGAUGUGUUUUGCAGGAUAAUCGCCACUUGCGGUGAAUUGCUGAGACAAUGUGGAGCUUUUGAACAGCAGCUCUCAAACAAGUAAGAGAAAUAUUUGUUCUGUGUAAACUCCCUUUUGCCCUGAACAGUCAACAACACAUACGAUCAGACCGUAAAGGAUUUAAUGUUUACUCUGUACUCCUUUCAUCAGGAUUUUAGGAACAGCAGGAAAGUACUUGUCAGAAUCAUACAGCCCUCGCAGCCUCGCAGGCAUCCAGGAGGUGAGCUCCACUGAGAGGAAGAGCGCCACCAAGAACCCUUGGCAGGAAUACAACUAUCUUCAGAAGGGGAACAUGGCUGAAUACAACAGCUUGAUGGAGGUCCUCUACUCAUUAAAGGUAAGAGGCAGAGCUGCCUGAGAUGAAAAUUUAGUCAUGUUAAACUUCAAGUCUUUUUUUGAAGAACUCAGCAGCUGUUCUCAUGCAUCUCUUCUCUUGUCUGACAGGAGAAGGGUACAGGUAACUCCAGCCUGUUAGCCGAGCCCCGAGCAGCUCUGACCAGACUCAACCAGCAGGCCAACCAGCUGGCCUUCGACUCUGUCUUCCUGCAGAUCAAACACCAGCUCAUCCUCGUCUCCAAGAUGGAGGUGAUUAAGUGUCAAGUUUCCAUAUAAAUGGAUUUGAAUCCUCUUUGACACUGUUUGAGUGCACAGCAGAGAGCUUCUGGAUCGUCUGUGUGCAUUUGUGUCAGGCGUACUGUGUCUAUUUUAAUCGCAGCUCUUACUGUUUGAUCCAAGCCUUCUGUUUCUGCUCAGAGACAAGAGGAACCUGGUCUUGGGGAGAGCUACACAGAGGACCUGCCGACGUUCAGCCUCUCACCACAAGAAUACAUCACAAAUGUUGGUGACAGUUCAUUAAUAACUGAUAUGUUUCAAAUGAUUUAUGUACUUACUGCAUAAACAAAAUUCAACUUAUUACUCUGUAGCUCUCAGUUAUGCUUAUAUUGAACUUGAUGUCUGUGUUUUAGAUAGGACAGUACCUGAUGUCUCUGCCCCUUCACUUGGAGCCAUUUGUGACUCAGGAAGACCCGGCUCUAGAAAUGGCACUGCAUGCUGGAAAGCUACCUUUUCCUCCAGAGCAAGGUUCCUACACAGUCCUGUUAAUCUGAUUUUUUUUAUUUUUAUGUAAACCAUUUCUGCCUCACUUCUUUUCACUGUUUCUUUCAGUGCAUUUACAACCUCACUUCCAAAAUAGUUAGUACACUGUGUUGAACAUUGAUAAAAACGGAUUUUGAUGGUUUACAAAUUAUUCAAACUCUACAUUUAAUUGGAAAAUUGCAGAGACAGUAUAUGUUGCAAUAAAAAAAUUGAUUGAUGAAAAACUACGCUAAUUUUAAAUCCAAUGCCAGCAGCACAAAAUAAACUGCCAUCUAGGCAAAGUUCUUUUUUCAACCAGAGGCAGAAUUGUCAUUGGUGAGCGUGCUGGUAUACCAAAGUUCAGCUAAUUUCACCAGAGAGCUUAUAGAUGAUUCUCACCAUAUUUGGGAUGCUAACCCCACCUAACUUUCUGCCAACUUUCAGCCUCCAGCCCUCUUGCUAACAGCUGUAGUGUGCUGGCCUGGACUGUCAGUCAAAUCUGUGUCUAUCUCAGUUUCCCUAAUUAUGCAAAACUUAUAACCUUGACACCUUUAAACUAAUGAGUUAUAUUUUGAAGAAAACAAAGAAAAAAAUUUGGUCCACUUUGUAUUGAUAGAGCUGUGAGCCAUUAUGACCAAACUCUUUGGUGUGCCUGGCUGUAAAUAUGUUAACUUUUUCCAGUAAAUUUUGGCUCCUUGGAAUGGAUGUGUAUGUGGCUCCACGGCUUUUGGAACCAGCCCCAAGUGGACGCUAGUGGAACUGCAGUUUUUAACAUCUCUGAAUUUACUUGUAUCUCAAGACUGGAUGUCGCUGCUUGCUGAAGGGGCUGAACUGUGCAAUUUUUUUUAUAGAAAGUAGGAGCUACCAGAGCAAAAGUUAGUUGACACAUGCCCUCAUAUGGGAAAAGGGCUAAAGAUUGCUCUAACAUUGUACACAACUUGUCAUAAUUUAGAUAUAAAUUUAGUAUAAGCGGUAAAGUUUUUCUUUUUACAAAGUUAUGUAUGUGUCUAAGUUUUUUUCUUUCACUUGAAUGUGCUUAACACAAUUCACUGUUCUUAUUCCUCUAAAUACCAUCACCUGCCCUCUGUCUCAGGUGAUGACCUUCCAGAGCUGGACAACACAGCAGACUACUGGCUGGGCUCCAUUGCUAGGGCAACCAUGCAGACGUACUGUGACGCCAUCCUGCUCAUUCCUCAACUUAGCCCCCAUUCCACCAAACAGCUGGCCACAGAUAUCGGUAAAAAAACAGAAACAAUAUUUGAAAAAUUUGUUCUUGAUGGUAACAUGGAACAAUAUGACAAAAAUGUAAGUGAAGUUUAUAUGCAUAAAGCAGUGACUGUAUAUUAUGUGCAAAAAUCAAUCCAAAAUGACCUGCUGCAUACAGAGCCUAUUUGGUCACCAGAGCUGUCAAGUAAAACAUCAUCCCCCUUUUUUAGGAUCAAAUUACAAAUUAUUACUAGAUGUCUCAUAAAGAUAAACUCUUGCUCGCAAUUUAGCAUGGUGCAAACUAACAUUAUAAGCAGAAACUAUUUUUAAAAAAUGAUUUGCUGCGUAUUUUGAUUUUAUUGUUCGGCCUACACUGCAUCCGGAAAGUAUUCAUACCACUUCACUUUUUCCACAUUUUGUUAUGUUACAGCCUUAUUCCAAAAUGGAUUAAAUUCCUUUUUUCCCUUAACAAUUCUACACAAAAUACCCCAUAAUGACAAAUGGAAAAACCUUUUUUAGAGCAUUUUGCAAAUUUAUUAAAAAUAAGACACUCAAAUGUUGCACGUACAUAAGUAUUCACACCCUUUGCUAUAAAACUCAAAAUUGAGCUCAGGUGCAUCCUGUUUCCACUGAUCAGCUUUGAAAUGUUCUUCCAACUUGAUUGCAGUCCACCUGUGGCAAAUUCAGCUGAUUGGACAUGAUUUGGAAAGCCACACCUGUCUAUAUAAGAUCCCACAGCUGACAGAGCACGUCAGAGCACAAACCAAGCCAUGAAGUCGCAAGAAUUGUCUGUAGACCUCUGAAACAGGGUUGUAUCAGCGCACAGAUCUGGGGAAGGUUACAGAAAAAAAUCUGCUGCAUUGAAGAUCCCAAAAAGCACAGUGGUCUCCAUCAUUAAGAAAUUGAAGAUGUUUGGAACCACCAGGACUCUUCCUAGAGCUGGCCGCCCAGCCAAAAUGAGCAAGUGGGGGAGAAGGGCCUUGGUCAGGGAGGUGACUAAGAACCCGGUGGUCAGUCUGACAGAGCUCCAGCAUUCCUCUGAGGAGAUGGGAGAACCCUACAGAAGGACCACCAUCUCUGCAGCACUUCACCAGUCAGGCAUUUAUGGUAGAGUAGCCAGACAGAAGCCACUCCUCAGUAAAAAGCACAUGACAGCCCGCUUGGACUUUGCAAGAAGGCACCUGAAGGACUCACAGACCAGGAGAAACAAAAUUCUCUGGUCUGAUGAAACAAAGAUGGAACUCUUUGGCCUGAAUGCCAAGCGUCAUGUCUGGAGGAAACCAGGCACUGCUCACCACCUCGCCAAUACCAUCCCUACAGUGAAGCAUGGUGGUGGCAGCAUCAUGCUGUGGGGAUGUUUUUCAGCGGCAGGAACUGGGAGACUUGUCAGGAUCGAGGGAAAAAUGAAUGCAGCUAAGUACAUCGAAAUCCUUGAUGAAAACCUGCUCCAGAGCGCUCGGGACCUUCGACUGGGGCGACGCUUCAUCUUCCAGCAUGACAAUGACCCUAAGCACACGGCCAAGAAGACAAAGGAGUGGCUUCAGGACAAGUCUCUGAAUGUCCUUGAGUGGCCCAGCCAGAGCCCAGACUUGAACCCGAUUGAACAUCUUUGGAAGACCUGAAAGUAGCUGUGCACCGACGCUGCCCAUCCAACCUCACUGAGCUUGAGAGGAUGCGCAAGGAAGAAUGGGAAAAACUCCCCAAAUCCAGGUGUGCCAAGCUUGUUGCAUCAUACACAAGAAGACUGGAGGCUGUAAUCGCUGCCAAAGGUGCUUCGACCAAGUAUUGAGUAAAGGGUCUGAAUACUUAUGUAUAUGCAACAUUUGAGUGUCUUAUUUUUAAUAAAUUUGCAAAAUGUUCUGAAUAAAAGUUUUUCGCUUUGUCAUUAUGGGGUAUUUUGUGUAGAAUUUUUGACAGAAAAAGGAAAUUUAAUCCAUUUUGGAAUAAAGCUGUAAUAUAACAAAAUGUGGAAAAAGUGAAGUGGUAUAAAUACUUUCCGGAUGCACUGUAUAUCCUGUCUGUCAACAUGGAGCAGGCACAGUUAAUGACCUAUACCGUGGCCAGUCAGUAGGGGGAGCUCCAAAUGUUACUGUCAUAUCAUUAAUCUUUUUUUAUACAUUUGACUCCUGCUUCUUCUCCAUAGACUAUCUGAGUAACGUGAUGGACGCUCUGGGCCUGCAGCCAUCCCGAACCCUACAGCACAUCGUCACCCUGCUCAGGGCCAAACCAGAAGACUACAGACAGACCACCAAACUGCUGCCCCGCCGUCUGGCCUCCACCAUCGCUGCCCUCCGACUCAUCGACUACUAA